GCAAGGGAUGAAGGCACGAGCCGAGAUACCCAAGCAGCGGUGAGUCGAUCCUUACUCCCGGAAUAUUGGGGCCCUCUUGCUGUCAUUAUUCCAGUCCUUGUUCGCAGCUCAUAUUGCGUGCAAUAGUCGUAGGUAAGUGGAUAGUGCCCUAUCGUUUCUAAGCCUGGGAUAGUUUGAGAAGACCAGAAGCAUCGCGUUCUCUAUUUCUUUAUUUGUUUCUGGCAGACAAUCGUUCCCAUUUCCGAUCAACGUAAGCCAGAGCAGGGCAAGAUGGAUAAAGCAUUGGUUUCUCACCAAGAAGGAGACCAGCUAUACGACGAACUGUGCCAUGCGUUCUUUGUCCGCUCAAACAAGGGAUUGCUCCAUUUAGCGCCCGUUGAACGUCCGCUAUGCGUCCUCGACCUGGGCUGCGGCGCUGGCGUAUGGGCAACGGAGUUCGCCAAGGCGUAUCCUUCAUGUCAGGUCCUUGGCGUUGACUUGAACCCUGGAAUCAAUGCACGGAACCUCCCUAAUUGUCAAUUCAUCUCGGCCGACAUCCAAAACGAGUGGACCUGGCUCCCCCAACAGAAGAUCGAUUUGAUCCAUAUUCGUGGUUUGGUGGGCUUCAUUCGCAGCUGGCCCGAUCUGCUGCGUCAGGUACACGCGAGCCUUGCGCCAGGGGGAUGGCUGGAGAUCGCCGACCUAGGGCCCCAUACACUCAGCGACGACGGAUCAUUGAGCCAGGCGCAGGGUCUUCUCCAAUUUGACAUGAUGUCGGAUAAAAUGAUGGGAAUCAUGGGCCAACAGGUGGGGUUGGUCACGAGUCUCGGGGACGUGAUGGAAACGGCCGGGUUCCAGGAUGUCUCGGAGACGACUCGCAAAACCCCGUUGUCUGACUGGUCGGACGAUCCCGAUAUGAGACAGAUGGCGUCGACGUCGGCUGCGCUGCACGAGAUGGACUUCCGGAUGAUUGCUGGGAGAGGAUUACAGCCGGUUCUCAAUCUACCCUCGGAGCAGGUGGAAAAUGUGCUCUCUGGUGCACUACAUGAUAUGCACAACAAGCGUAUCCAUGCUUAUAAGCUACGGCAUACGUUUAUGGGGUGCAAGCGGGAUUGACAGAUCGAAUACAGUAACCUGGUUAUUCCAUUUCGGGCUGUUGCUAGACAGUGAUAUCCAGAGCUUCACUCUGGGUCAGUAUUUGAAAUAAUGAUAAGAGAUUGGAC